AUGUCGAAGCGUGUUGCUCUGGGCUGCGACCAUGCCGCCUACGACAUUCAUCAGGAGAUCAUGGACAUGAUCACCACCACCGGUGUCGUGUCAAAGGUGAUAUACAUGGGCCCCUCCUCCGCCUCGUCUGUCGACUACCCCGACUACGCCGCUCAGGUGUGUGAGGCCAUCUUGAAAGGUGAGGCGGAUACGGGCAUUCUCGUCUGCGGCACCGGCAUUGGCAUGUCGAUUGCGGCCAACAAGUUCAGUGGCAUUCGCGCGGCGCUCUGCAACGACCAUGUGACGGCGCAGCUCUGCCGCCAGCACAACAACGCCAAUGUCUUGUGCCUCGGGGCGCGCACCUGUGGCAGGGAGAUUCUUCGCGACAUUAUUAUCACUUUCCUCACAGCAGAGCCAUCUAAGGAGGGGCGCCACGGCAGCCGCAUCGCCAAGAUCACAGAGAUCGAGAGGGAGCAGAUGAAGAAGGAAUAG